GCUGAACCUCAUCUGAUCGGAAACAAAAACAGACUGGGAGAGAUCGGUAAGAAAUGGCUGAGGCCAUAGCCGAUACAAGAAGGCUGAUGGCUAAACCACAGGAUUUGAACGACGCCUACGGACCCCCAAGUAACUUUCUAGAGAUCGAUGUGAGUAAUCCCCAGACGGUUGGGAUUGACAGAGGGAGAUUCACCACUUACGAGAUCAGAAUGAAGACAAAUCUUCCGAUUUUCAAGUUGAAGGAAACCUGUGUCCGAAGAAGAUACAGUGACUUUGAGUGGCUGAGAACUGAGCUGGAAAGGGAAAGCAAGGUCGUGGUGCCCCCUCUACCAGGAAAAGCUUUCUUCCGUCAGCUUCCUUUUCGAGGAGAUGAUGGGAUCUUCGAUGACUCAUUUAUUGAAGAAAGGAGGCAGGGGCUGGAGCAGUUUCUAAACAAAGUGGCUGGACACCCCUUGGCACAAAACGAACGCUGUCUUCAUAUGUUUUUGCAAGAUGAGUCAUUGGACAAAAGCUACACGCCUUGCAAAGUCAAGCAAACCUAAUAGAGCAGGGACGGACACAGCACUAAUACAAUCUGUAUUUUUAUUAUUUAGUCUGCAGAUUUAUGGCUGAUUUUGUAGUAUGCUUCAGACAAUUAAGUUUAUCAAGUAUCAGUGAUUUCAUUCUUUUAUUAUCAUUAUUGUUAAUUGCCUGGUGUUCCUGUUUUAGCUUUUAAUAAGUGUGAACUCUACAGAGAUUAUGCAGAUCAGGCAGUGCUGUAGAAACAGAACUAGCACGAUAUUUGUCAAUAACACUGAAACUUAACUGAUCUUAAAAAUCUCAACGUCCUAUCAAAACGUGUUCAUCAGUGUACACAGCCAUAGUAAACAGUUUUGUCAUAGGUCUGUUCAAAAUGUAUGUUAUUUUGGUUCCAAUUUGAUUUGUAAUGAAUGCCUUCCUUGCAUUAAAAACACACACAUGUAUUUCUGGUAACAACUCUUUGAAGCCUAUUUAAAUUUUUCUACUGAGAAAGUACUGAGGGAACUACGUUUAUACUCUGUAAAUUCAAAUUUGUUUAGUGCUAUACCAUUUUGUUUACAUUGACAUUUUCCAAUAAAGAGUGAAACACAAAUCUGUA